AUGAGCAACAGUUCCCUUACCGGCCUCUACCAAUCUGCGAAUAGUAGCACCUCCACCCUCCGCCCUCGCACCGGCCGUCUGAUAUCCUACGUGGAAGAUGAGGGCACCGCGUCCACCGCCGUCUCAACCUCCACGUCCUCUACCCCGCCACUAUUUCCCAGCAGAGGCGUCUCUCCCAACGACGCCGCGGUAUCGAGAUCCAAGUCGACGACGGACAGACCCCGACAUGGUAGUGGUGGUCGAACGAGCAAGGCACAUGCAGGGUCGUCCUCAGGCAGUUCAACCCCAAUAACUGGAGGAGGAAAUCAGGGGUUGUGGGAACCAUGGACCUCGCUCCAGGGGUUCGCGUCCACAUUGCUAGGGAGCGACGUGCCGGGUCCCUCGGCGAAGGACAAGGCUGGAGGCUCGUCCAAGAAGCCUCUCUGGAUGAAACAAGACACCCACUAUGGCUCGAAAAGCGCCGUGCCGCAAUGGGGUCCGUCGGCCCUACACAAUACAAAUCCCCUCCAGGGGACCGUCGAAGAACGACAGGCUAUGGUACAGGCCAAGAAGAGGGAGGCACUGCUCCUGGCCAGCGCCUCAGAGAACCGCGAUCGUCUGGGCAAGUUUAAGAGACGAGACUCAGAUGUGGACAAUGCCACCACCGCGGGUCCCGCAGACCAGAGUGAAGCUGCCCUGGUCUACAUGCACAAAGUUGAGAAAGGGGACACGCUGGCCGGAGUCAUCAUCAAGUACAACUGUCAACCUGACCUCUUCCGAAAGGUGAACCGGUUCUGGCCCAAUGACAACAUUCAGACACGAACUCAUGUCUUGGUCCCCUUGGAAGGUUCCACGGUCAAGGGCAGGAAAGUCGACAGUCCGUACCUCUCCAGAGACCUCUUCGAUCCAAAAUCCGAUGGCCUCGCUAACCAAGAGGGCCCCCAUGCGACAUCGAAAGAUAUUCACCUCCUAUCAUCCAACGGUGUUCACGACUCUACUCGAGCAAACCCGACCUUCUCGUCUUCUGCUCUAACCUCUGAGCCCCUGUCGCUCAUCACCUCUCUCUCUGAAGAAAUCACAUUCAAGCAUGACUGCUGGGUCAUGCUGCCCAACUUCAAAGAAGCCACUGAAGUCCUACGCGUCCCUCGUUGUGCGUUGGGCUACUUCCCCCGUGCCCGUCGGAAAUCAAACGCUACCCUCACCGCUUCACCCGCGUCGACACCCAAGACCUCCUUUGAUAUGCUUCGCCAUCCGCCUACUCACGCCGCCCAGCUUUCCGCCUCGUUGAAUGUCUCCCCUGUCCGCCGACCUAAUUUACCGUCGUCCCGGAUUAGCUCGUCUGGCCGUCAACGAUCUUCUAGUGCUACGGGGGGCAAUCCCUUCGCCGAUGCACUCCGCGGGCCCGGAGGUGUCGGCACCCUGCGCGGUCUUCGCACAGAGGUCUCUCGUCCAGGCCCAGCCGACGACCCGCUGAAUCGCAAAUUCAACCAAUAUUUUCCCGACUUCCUACCGCCACCGGGGGACAUCCCCCGAACGGGUUUCAGCACAAGAACACCAACAUCCCGAUCAACGCCACGCGCGAGUUCUGAGUCGGUCAGAAGCCUCCGCUCCAACUCGAACAGCUCCGGAUUGGCUGGUGAUGUGGGCGGCGCGAUUGAAGGUUGGAUGCGUAAGAUGGCGGGCGCAGCAGGGAAGAGGGAACGAAAUGCUGUGGUUGACAAAUUGGGUGACCUGAUUGAGUUGGAAACGAACUCGGAAAUCCAUGAAGAAUUGCGCGCUCCGACGGAGGUCCAGGGCGAUGAGGGGCAGGAGAUGGCCACACCGACGGCAACCACGACGGCAUCUGCCACAGAAGAAGCGCUUCUGAACGAGAGGUUUCCUGUGAGAGGCAGAGUGAAGAACGCGUACGUCUUUCACAGCUCCGGAAAGGACAAGGACGAUUGA